AGUCUUUAGGGUUCGAUCUCAGAUCAUCGGUUUUCUUGGAGAGCAUAAGAUCGGUCUUGAGAUUUCGGAUACAGAGGACGCCAUAGCUACAUUCAAUUUUUUGAAUGCUGAGGGUCGUUAUGUUGCAGCAGCGUUGUAUCCUCCUGAUGACAUGACUGUAACAGACGCUGAAUAUGGACGAGUGAUGAACCUGCUAAAAGGUUGGGAUACUCUCGAUGAGAAUCCGCUACUCAUGGGGUUGAACGAUUCAAUCAACCAUACGGAAGAUCUUGUGAAGAAAUUAUGGAGUGGCAAAGGAGAUUACAAAGCUGUCCGAGAUAGGAUACUUGCUUCCCCAGAAGAACGCGAAGCAAUGUACAUUGAAGCAGUUGAGAAGAAGAAGCAGAAGAAGUUAGUGGAUAAAUCUGAAGACAAAUAG